GCGAUGUACUGCCGCGGGGACGGCUGGCCGACCACACGUACCCGCUGGGAGGCAAGGGGACCCGGAUCAAGCAUAUCGACACGAUGUUCGCGAUCCUCUGGGGGUGGGACGGGGACGGGAUGCAGGGGGAGCUGGUGGAGCGACAGCACUGGGCGUCGAAGCCGUACCGCGAGUUGUUCCGCCGCA